AUGGGUGUGGGUAUUAUUGUCCUUAUUCAAACAGGAGUUGGGAUCCUUGGAAACUCCUUGCUUCUUGGUCUUUACACCCUCCCUUUGAUCAACAGACACAUGUUGAAACCCACAGACUGCAUUCUCAGCCACCUGGUGGUAGCCAACAACUUGGUACUGCUUAAAGGAAUUCCACACAUAAUGGCGACUUUUGGGUCACCAUCUUUUCUGGAUGACACUGUAUGUAAACUUAUCUUUUAUUUACACCGAGUGGCCAGAGGGGUUUCCCUGGCCAUAACCUGCUUCUUGAGUGUCUUCCAGGCCUUAAAGCUCAACCCCAACACCCCCAAGUGGUUAGAAUUCAGCAUGAGGUCUUCAAAGCACAUUGGCUCUUGUUGCCUCUUCUGUUGGAUCUCGCAUCUGCUGUUAAAUAUCUUCAUUGCUAUGAAUGUGACCGGUCCGAGGGAGAACAAAAACAGAAGUAUGGAGAAAUACCAUGGGUACUGCAGCUCACCUAUUCCAGAUGGGUUUGUCGUCACACUGCAUGCAGCCCUGUUCUCUUUCUCUGAUGGUGUAUGUGUGGCCCUCAUGGUCUGGGCCAGCGGCUCCAUGGUGGUUGUCCUCUACAGGCACAAAAAGCAAGUCCAGUGCCUUCACAGCAGCAGCCUCAGCCCCAGGCCUUCCCAUGAAGUGAGAGCCAUGGGCUCCGUCCUCCUCCUCGUGAGCCUCUUCGUGUCUUGUUAUUCUCUCUCUUCCAUUUUGACUCUUUUGGUCACCCUGAUCAUGAACCCAAGGACCUGGCUGUCAGUCAUCUGCAUGCUAAUGACUUCAGCCUUCCCGACAUUCAGCCCCCUUCUGCUCCUUGCCAGGGACACUCGUGUGUGUCAGUUCUGUUCUGCCUGCUGGAGAACAAAUAAUUUUCUAAGUGUGGGAAACCAGUUGGUGACCAGCCUUCACCUGCUGUCCGCUGAGGUGUGCGUGAGCAGGAAGCUGGGACCGGGAGCAGAGCCGGGCCUGGAGCAGGGACUCAGCAGGGACUCCAAGCCGGACUCUCCGUCCUCCGCGCUGUAG